AUGGACCAGAAGGCCAUAGCCACACUGCUAGAGCUUGCUGCAAAAAGUCUACUGAGUAAUGAGCCUGCAGCUAUCCAUGCCUUGGAAGAACUCCCAAGAGACCUCUUUGUUCCCUUAUUCAUUGAUGCCUUCUUGGGAGGGCAUAAGAAGAUACUAAAAGCAAUGGUGAGGGCUUGGCCCUUUCACUGUCUCCAUAUUGGGGCACUGAGUAUACAAGAAUCAUACUAUGAAAUCUUGGAAGCCAUGACUGAUGGUCUGCAGAUCCACCCUGACCAGAACUCUUCCUCUUGGGAGUCAAAACUGAGGAUCCUAGAUUUGAGACAGGACCCAGACUGUGGAACAACAUGCUCAGAGAUCAGUACCACAUUUCCUUUCUGUUUUCAGUCUUGUGUUUACUCUCGACACUCUAUGCUUAAAACAGAAGAAGCCCAGCAUAAUGUCAAGUGCCUUGGAAUUGUUAAUUCAGAGUCUGAGCUUCCGUCAACCCAGAAGCCCAUAGAAUUAUUAGUGGACCUUUCUUUCAAUAGUACCUUGAGAACAAAGCAAUUCCUUUCUUUCCUUCAGAGUAAAGUUGAGCAGAGCUUUGGGUCUUUGCACCUCUGCUGCAGAGAUUUGCAAAUUGAUAAAAUCUCUGCCCACAAAAGUGUCCUGCAGUUUCUGGAUCUGGGAUGCAUUGAUCACCUGGAAUUGAAUCAGGCUUAUCUGAAUGAAGUCACCACCCUUUUGGCUCAGAUGAUCCACCUGAACAGCAUUAGUUUGUCUAACAUCUCCUUUAAACAUCGUAAGGGGGAAGACUUCAGAGCUUUUCUCAUCCAGCUUGGGCAACUAGACAACCUCCAGGAGCUCAGCUUGGCUUUAUUCUGCCUUACAGAUCAACUGCAUAAACUGCUCAGAAUCCUGCCACCUCAGUUGGAUAUAUUGUGUCUAUCUUUUUGUGGCCUGUCUAACAGAGAUAUCACUGUCCUGUCUCAGAGUUCUCAGGCCACCUACCUAAGGCUGUUGAAUCUCAGUAACAAUCAGAUAUUCUCAGAAGUUUAUGAGCCCUUCCGGAAUCUGCUAGAGAAAGUCUCAGGCACCCUGCAGUAUCUGGAGAUAAAUAAUUGCCUGGUAACUGAUUCUACUCUCUCUGCUGUCCUCCCAGCCCUGAGCCACUGUACCCACCUCCAUGUCCUUAGCUUUGCCUUCAACCCCAUUACAAUGCCUCUGCUCAUGGACCUUCUGCAGCAUUUAACAUGCUUGAUGGAGCUGAAGCAUGUUAUUUAUCCUGUUCCUGUCCACUGCUAUGAACAAUGGAAUUUUCCUGGAAGUUUGGACCGACAGAAACUUGCUGAAGUGCAGGCCCAAUUGACAGCAAUGCUGCAGGUGCAUUUCCAAGUUCUGCAAAACAGUAGGGCAAAGAAACAGCAAAAACAAAAAAUGUGCCCUACUUUAUGGAAGUGUGGGGCAUACAGUGUGGGACUGUAUGAAAUAACCCCAGUUUCUAAGCAUGUUUCUGAUAGCAUAGUGGCUAAAGAAAAAAUAAAAUACAAUGAUGGUGGUAGCUCACCUCAAGGAAGAAAGAAAUUUUGGCGUUCUGUCCGAGGUAAUUUUGGCAAGAGGAACCGUCAUUAUGACCGUGGUGAAUAUGAGCCUCAGCCUUCACACUUCCAGGAGGAUGAUGGAAAUGUGCUGAUGGGAGAUGUCCAGGAGGACCCCCAA